CACCGACCGCCAUUUGCUGGCUGUUAAUGGCUUCCAGGUUGCUUUUUCUCAGAAGGCUCUCCAGAUAUCUCAAACUGGCGCCUUCUUCAUCCGUUCAAACGCUACGUGCCUCUUGUGCUCUUCUUCUAGAAGCUUCUAUACCUCUCAAGCAUACCACUUGCUCGUCUCCUCCAUCGACCGCUUCUUCUAGAAGCUUCUGCUCCCGCCCCUCUCUCAAUCUCGAUGGCGACUCCCAGGGCCCCGCCGCCAUCGAUUAUCGUUCGGUUCUGCAGGAGGAUGAAUUUCACAGGUUAGCUAAUUCCUCCAUCCACCACCUGUUAGAGAAAUUUGAGGAAUAUGGUGACACUGUCCAAAUUGAUGGUUUUGAUGUAGAUUAUGGGAAUGAGGUCUUGACCCUUAAAUUGGGAGCUUCAGGCACCUAUGUGUUGAAUAAACAAACACCAAAUCGACAAAUAUGGUUGUCUUCCCCAGUGAGUGGCCCAUCCAGAUUUGAUUGGGAUCAUAAUGCUCAAGCUUGGGUGUACCGGCGUACCAAGGCAAAUUUAUUGACACUUUUGGAGGCUGAAUUGGAGCAACUGUGUGGUGAGCCAAUUGAUCUCUCUUAAAACUGUUUCAGAUUCAAUGACUUCCUAACUUUUGGGCUUUGUUUCUUGGCUGAAAUAUAGUUGUUGCAUCAUUAUUUUUUUGCUUUCUUCUUUUCUGAAUAAAUUACAUCCAAAAGUGUUUCAAAUCUGGGUAAAUUCUAGUUCAACCACCUCUAGUAAAGUUAGUUGAAUCACAUUUUGCCAAAGUUCCUACAUCUUUUAUCAAUUGGAAGAGUAUAUUGUCUGACAAUGUUUUGUCGAUUAGCUUAGACCAUAUCUUAGGUUUAAUUGAUUAUUCUGUUGAGUGUUGAGAUGGAUAGCUUCACAAAAGUAAUUAUAUUUGCAAAGUAAUUAUUGAGUCGGAAUGUUGUUCUCUGGAAUUGCAGAUUCCACAAGGAAUUUCACUAUCAAUCAUAAACGGCAGAGUAACCU